ACUACAAGCGAUGACGAGCGAGGAGAGAGAGGGCAGAGCAGUGUGUGUGAGUGUGGACGGCUCCAGAAGAAUCGUGAACGGCCUUGACUGGAAAACAACGGCCAGAGAUGUAAUUCGGAGCCUCCGCCCGCGCACUACCGUUCCCCAUAUUCUCGUGGAGAGUUGGCAAGGCUGCCUCCGACCGAUCGGAGAGGAGGAAUUCGUGUGUCAGAUCCUCGAGGAGUGGGGAGAGGAGGCGAGAGACGUCCGUCUGAUUCUCAUGACCAGCCACAGCCUUCCCGGACAUCGGUACAGUCGGCGCGUACUGGACGCGAACAAGAUCUACCAGGCUCAGCGGCACGGCAAAGUGGCGGCGAACAAGCGGAGGUGCUUGUCGGUCAAGGCAACGCCGAAGAGAGAGCUUGGGAAAGAGAUAGCCAGACUCGUAGCGAGGGCCGAGGUUGCGAGAGAGAGACUUACAGCGGUGGAAGAACUCGAGAAACGGAGAUUGGACGACCCAGACUUCUCAGAGUUGGAUCUCACGCCGUCGGAAGAAGAAGAGUGGGUGGCGCUUCAGGAGCAACUGACGGAAGAGGAAGAGGAGGCGAGAGAGCUGGAUGAGAGAAAGAAGGAGCUCCGGGGCAAAAUUGAAACCCAGAGCAGCGAUAUGGCUCAAGUGAAGAGACGAAGCAUGGAGCUGCAGAGAAAGUUGUCGCAGGAAAAGGAAAAGCAUGAGAGGCUGAACGGUGGAGAGGAGUAUGAAGAACUAGAGGAGGCACAAGAACAAGUCAAGAGACUUAGAAACGAGCUCAAAAUUCGCCACAAAAUGAAUCAACUGCAGACCAACAAGGCUUGUUUGAUAAAGACGACAGAAAAUGGUUUUAAAUUUUAUUUUAUCUCUGCAGAUGCAAGAGGUUUCCGCCUUGAUUUCAGCCCUAGAAGACGACUGUUCUGUUUAGCAAUUAUUGUGCGUGGCUGCGAAUAAUUAUGGUGUGCGUUUAAUAGAAUACGCGCGGCGACUGAGCGUGCAUUUCACGUCAAUCAAGUCACCCAGGAGUUCACCAUUGCUUCCAAGGCCGGUAGAGAAUCGCCGCCGAUCGACAUGCCUCGCACGUCAACAGAGGACCCAGUAGAGGAGGAAGACUCGGCGAGCAGUGUCAGCGAGAGCGACGAGGAUGAGGCUGACAUGAACGCCGCCUCCUCUACGCUGAGCGAGCUCCAGAAGGCGGCAGGGUCUCUCAGCGGCGUGGCCGACGCUCUCAGCAAGGCCAAGCAGAGCCGCGGGGAGAAGAAGGCGCGCAAGGCGAUGAUGAAGCUGGGGCUAAAGAGCUACUCUGGCAUUGCCCGUGUGACGGUGCGGAAGGCAAAGAACAUUCUGUUUGUCAUUGCCAAGCCCGACGUCUACAAGAGCCCGGCCUCCGAUACGUACAUUGUGUUUGGAGAGACCAAGAUCGAAGACUUGAGCUCUCAGGCGCAGAUUCAGGCUGCGGAGAAGUUUAAGGCACCAGAGGCUUCGGCAUCCUCCACAAAGGAGGCCGAGCAAGACAGUGCCCCUGCCGACGAGGAAGAAGAGUCGGAGGACGAGGACGAAGUUGACGAGUCGGGAGUCGAACAGAAAGAUAUUGAUUUGGUUAUGCAGCAAGCCAACGUCAGCAGGGCCAAGGCCGUCAAGGCACUGAAGAACAACAGUAAUGACAUCGUCAACGCAAUAAUGGAACUGACAAUGUAGCUUUGCAUUGCAUCAUACAUGUGUUUUAGUUAAACAUUACAUCAGUUUUUCUGAAUGAAAUUAUCAAACC